AUGAUUUCUCAAGUUGCAGACCCCGUGGUCGAGUCCGUCGACGAGAAGCACAAGGGUCGGAACGUCAGUGAUGUAGUUUCAGGGACAGACUCCUCGUCUGACAAGAGUCCAGAACCGCACCAGGUGAGGAAGGAUGAGGGUGAUGAUGACGACGGGGCCAGUCUACCCAGCAUAGAGGUCCUUCACGCUGCUGGUGUUGGCCUUGACGAGGACGACCCAAACCAGCCUUGUCUCACAAUCAGGAUGUGGGUCAUUGGUAUCGCCUUUUGUAUAGUUGGUAGUGGAGUGAACGCACUAAACACCAUGAGGAUUCCGAGCACCACUCUGUCACAGUCGGCCAUUCAGUUCCUUGCUUACCCCAUCGGCAAAGCCUGGGAGUAUGCUCUUCCCGACUGGGGCGUCACCAUCUUUGGGUCGCGCAUCUCGUUGAACCCGGGACCGUUCAAUGCCAAGGAGAACAUCCUAAUUUACAUCCUUGCCAACCUGAGCUUCUUCAGUCGUCUCAGCGUCGAUGUCCUCAUCGAGCAAAGAGUCUUUUAUGGACUUGAGGCUGGUUGGGGUUUCGAGCUGCUGAUGACGGCAACGACUCUCAUCUUUGGUUUUGCCCUCUCAGGAAUAUUUAGAAAGCUGGUCGUUGAGCCUCCGAGCUUGAUGUGGCCCGGUGUUUUGGGCAACACGGCGUUGAACCACACAUUGCACUCGAAGGAAAAGAUGGUGUCGGAAAGCCGGUGGAAGAUGUCCAGAUACAAAUUCUUCUUGAUUGCAUUUUGUGCCUCCUUUACCUGGUACUGGUUCCCCGACUUCCUCUUCCCUGCCCUCUCAUACUUUACCUUCAUCUGCUGGGCAGCACCAAACAACGCCGUGGUCAACCAGGUCUUUGGCAUGAAGAGUGGCAUGGGCUUGAUGCCGACCACGUUUGACUGGGCACAGGUCGCAUACAUCAACAACCCCUUGGUCGUUCCGCCGUGGGCCAUCAUGAACGUCUUUGCCUCGCUCGUGAUAUGGGUCUGGAUCUUGGCCCCGAUUCUCUACUACACCAACACAUGGAAUCUUGCCUACCUACCCUUCCAGGACAACUCCAUAUUCGAUAACACGGGCAAGUCGUACAACGUGUCCCGAGUCAUCGACAAGCAGGCGGGCUUCACGUUCAACGCUACCAAGUAUGAGAGCUACUCGGAGAUCUACAUGCCCGCCACCUACGCCAUCAGCACAUUUGGCCUUUGCUUUGCCACCAUCACGUCCCUGUUCGUCUGGCUGCUCCUGGAGAAGCGCGACAACUUAUCGUCGGCCAUCAGCUCGUCGUGGUUCGCCCGUCGCUUCAUGCCAUCAAAGUACCAGCCGCCGAAGCCAAGCCCACAGCCUCAAUACCGCGUCGCACCGACCUGGUGGUACGUCGCCGCCGGUCUGGUCGCCCUGGCCUUUGGCAUCAUCUCGUGCGAGGUCUAUCCUGUCCAGCUGCGGUGGCACGGAGUCAUCUUCUCCUUCUUCAUCUCCUUCGUCUUCUUCCUCCCGCUCGCCUGGGUCUACGCCACCACCAACAUCAAGAUCCAGAUCGAAAUCAUCUGCAGGGUCAUUGCCGGUUACGCCUACGAGGGCAAGGUGCUCGCCAACAUUUGGAUCUUCAACCUGGGCUACAUCUCGGGCAUCAAGGGCCUCGCCUUUGCCCAGGACCUCAAGCUGGGACUUUACUGCAACGUGCCUCCUAUCAAGCUCUUCAUCGUCCAGGUCGUGGGCAUCAUCUUUGCCACGCUGUCCCAGGUCACCGUGCUAAACUGGGCCCUGGGCAGCAUCCCGGGCAUCUGCACCACCAAGGCCGAGAACGGCUUCACCUGCCCCUUCAGCCGGACGCACUUCAACACUUCCAUGAUCUGGGGCGCCGUGGGACCGCGCCGAUUCUUCGGCCCGGGAGCCCUCUACACGCCGCUGCUGUGGUUCCUGCUCGUCGGGGCCGUCCUGCCCGUCGCCGUCUGGGCCCUGCGCCACCCGCGCGCCCUGGGGAGGUACAAGGCCGCGCGCUGGCUCAAGCACAUCCACGUCCCCGUCUUCCUCGGCGGCCUCAACUACAUCCCUCCCGCCACGGGUGCAAACUACGCCAGCUGGGCCGUCGUGGGUCUGGCCUUUGGCCUCUUGAUGCGCCGCAGGGCGUCCGAGUGGUGGAGCCGCUACAACUUUGUGCUGGCCGCUGCCCUCGACUGCUCCGUCGCCAUCGCGGGAGUCGUCAUCUUCUUUGCCAUCUUUUACACGGGCGUGGGUGCCAAGUUUUCGUGGUGGGGGACGAAUGUGUACCAGAACACUUGUGACUGGAAUGGAUGCCCUUAUUUAAGUCUGCCAAAGGGCCAGAAGUUUGGGCCUUGA